AUGGACGGUCCAUUUGCUCAAACUAAUAUACAAUCACCGCCACCAGCUACCUCACACGAGAUGAGGGAGAAGGAUGCCGCUGCACACCAGGAGCAGUCGUCAUCGACACCAGAGUAUCACUCAGAGGAGUUGAUCAAGAUGGAGUCGGACUAUGCUGCCCACACCUACCACCCCCUACCCGUCGUGUUUAGACGGGCCAACGGCGUGUUUGUCUACGACAUGGAGGACAAGCGCUACUUUGACUUCCUGAGCUCAUACUCGGCCGUCAACCAAGGCCACAGCCACCCCAAGAUCGUCGCUGCACUCGUCGACCAGGCCCAGAAGUGUGCUCUCAGCUCGAGAGCCUUCUACAACGAGAUGUUCCCUCAGUACGCCAAGUACAUCACAGAGUACUUUGGCUACGAGAUGGUUCUCCCCAUGAACACUGGUGCCGAGGCUGUCGAGACAGCCAUCAAGUUGGCACGUCGUUGGGGAUAUGUACAUAAAAAGAUACCAGUUAACGAGGCAGUUAUCAUCUGCUGCCGUGGAUGUUUCCACGGAAGAACGAUUGGAGUCAUAUCAUUGAGUGAUGACCCAUCAUCAUACUCGAACUUUGGUCCACUGCUGAGUGGAUUCGUCAAGAUCGACUAUAACAACACAGACCAACUCGAGGAAGCCAUCCAGAAGUAUGGCGACCGUGUUUGUGGUUUCAUCGCCGAGCCAAUCCAAGGUGAGGCUGGUGUCGUCAUCCCAUUCGAGGGAUACUUGAAGAAGUGCCAAGAGAUCUGUCAGCAGAACAACGUUCUGUUCAUUGCCGACGAGAUCCAGACUGGACUGUGCCGCACUGGUCGCAUGUUGGCCUGUGAUUGGGAGGAUGUCAAGCCAGACGUCCUGCUGCUGGGCAAGGCCAUCUCUGGUGGUCUGCUCCCAGUCUCUGCCGUCCUCUCUUCAAAGGAGGUGAUGCUCACCAUCAAGCCUGGCGAGCAUGGAAGUACCUAUGGAGGCAACCCCCUGGCCUCCGCCGUGGCCAUGGCCGCACUGGCUGUGCUCCGUGACGAGAACCUCGCCGAGAACUCCAACCAGCUGGGCGAGCACUUUAGAAACCAGAUCAAGAACAUCCCAUGUCCUUUGAUCCAAGAGGUCAGAGGCAAGGGUCUGCUCAACGCCAUCAUCAUCGAUCCAAACGCAACCAUCUCUGCCUGGGACAUCUGUCUAAUGUUUGCCAACAAGGGAUUGUUGGCCAAGCCCACCCAUGAGAACAUCAUUCGUUUGGCUCCACCAUUGUCAAUCACAAUGUCACAGCUCGAGGAAUGCAUUGAGAUCAUUCGUCAGGUGUUUGCAGACACCGCAACGAUCAAUCCAAAGGACAUCCCCGGAAGAGACAAG